CCAUUGCAAAGGCCCUCUUCUCCUCCAAACUGCCUUGAAAGCUCAAGCCAUAUUCCUUGAGAAGCUGAUCCACCUUCCACUCCUCCAUCUUCUGGUAAUCUGCCUUGGUGUAGUGAGGGUAAUGAAGAGGCAUUUGAAACCCAGAAGAAGUGCAUAUUUCUUCACAACCCUUUUCCCCUUUUGAGCUCCUUUCUUCGCCAUAGCCAUGGACCUCAUGAUUUGGAUUCCCGAGAAGACGAGCUGCUGAAUAAAGUAGCCAUCCUAAAGCCAUGGCUACAGAUCUCUUUCAGAGGAAGACGAUUUGAAGUUAAGAGGCAAGAGGCUGUGAAAGGAAAGCAACCAUAUUUAUAGGAUGGGAAUGGCUCUGAUGAUUUCGUGAAGUAGUUUUGCAUUGGAGAUGGAGGGGGAUGAUUGAGAAGGGAGUUGCGUACUGAGAUGCAAAGUGCCACGUCAUUGCUGAAUAAUGGGAAGUGGGGCCUGUUGUUCAAGAUUGCGAAGAAAUUAAGGUUAGCCGUUUUGUUUUUACAGAAAAAGUUAGGGAGUUGUUGAAGGAAUUAAGGUUGUGGGAAGAGUUCAACUUGGUCUCGAACAUUAUUAAAAGAUUCAAAAUAUUUAAAGUGAAAAAUAAUAUUUUUAAUAAUUUAGCUCAUUUUAAAAAAUGCAACUAAUGUCCAACUACUAAAGAUUCUGCCCAUAUUUCGAUUGGCCCUCAAAUCAGACACAGACAACUACAUAAAUAACGCCGCACAUCAUAGCCGACAUCCCCUGCUUUUGGCGGCGGCUCUAUGGACCGAAAAAGAACAACCUUUCCUCUUUCCCACCACUCUCCCUCUGUGAAUUUCAUCACCCAGUUUAAGGAACACAGCUCUUCAUAUGGCUGCUAGACCUUUGACGCCAAUAAUGGCGGACACCCUCAGCUCACUCUGCUUUUAUAAGUAGCCCUCCAGGUUUAGCAGAUGAAGACGGAGCCUCUGUUUUUAAUUCCAUUUUGUUCACACGUGUGCUCACUCCACUGAUUUGGUCUUCCCUUUCAAAAACGUCAUUCUACACUCCAAUCUCUUUGCACAUGCUUUUACAUACACCCCUUUUGAAGCUAUUUCAGAAAGAAAGUGAACAGCCAUGAACGACGGUGCUUUUCGCAGUUUUUUCCUCUGUUUUUCCCUGUUUCUUGCGUUCAAGUUGGUUCGUUUGAGUGUUGUUCAGGCAGCUGCAAGAGAAAAAAACAGUGGAAUUUCUUGGAUGUCGCUUCAGUCUUCUAAAACUGGUCGGGGGAUGAAUCGGGUUGGUUCAGAAUGUUCAAAAGACGAGGUGGUCGUGUUUCAAGGGCAAACAGCUCCACUUCCAGAUGGGAUUCCAUCGUUCAUAGUUCAGAUCUUAAAUUCAUGUUCUUCAGGCUGCAGCAUCUCUAACAUUCACAUGAAAUGUGGUUGGUUUAGCUCAGCCAGAUUGGUGAAUCCAAGAAUUUUCCGGCGAGUCAAGUAUGAUGACUGCCUUAUCAACGACGGCAAGGCUCUUGGUCCUGGACAAACUCUGUCAUUUCAAUAUGCUAACACUUUUCCUUACCCUCUUUCUGUAUCUUCUGUAACUUGUUCUUCUUGACCUAACAAGCCUAUGAACAGAUAGCCCUUGUGGACCUUAUGAAUUGUGUAUGAUCCUUUAGUUUUCUAAGAACUUCUCACAUUAUAUCAUUUGAUCAACUUUCUGUGUACAAUCUGUUAUAAUCUUCUGUCAAUUCGAUGAUAUUUGAGUAAAGAACAAGUCAUUCCAUUA